AUGCCCUUUCCAAUCCUGGAAGAUUGUGGAGUGGACGAGAGAGUCGGGACGCUGCUUCCCAUUGGUAUUUUUGAGGACAAGCGAGAACAGAUUGCCGAAGAUGUUGUCGCUAUAAAUGGAUAUCACAUCGGAAUUGAGGCUGAGUUAUUACUCCGAGCCCUUAAUUUUGAAGAAGACCGCGAUAUACCAGACCUGAAGACCUCUGCCUACAUGAUUGCUGCUAGUUACUGCGACGGUGCUCCGAACUGGGUGACAGGAAUGCAUGAAGAGGUCUAA